AUGUUCAGUGGGCAUAAAAGAAUCCACUGCAUAAAAUUCCAGGUGUGGCAUUGCAUUGUUCACUGAGAAUAAAGAUGACUUUUUAGCCAGUUGGACACACUGUAUGGUUAGCUCCCCAAAUGUGUUGGAAAACAACAUGUCAAUUUCGAUUUCCAAUCUGUUUCUGUAUUCCUAAUAGGGACAAUAAAUUGUUGUCAUUUUCACUUACUAGUUCAACAGAGCUGAGGAUAGCAGCACUUAAUUCUUAAAUUGAUAGCCUUUUUUUGUUGAUCCCCUUAGGGUGAUGCAAAAUGCAUGUUUCUUUUGGUACAUGUUGUGGUUCAAUUUUAUCGUUGGUUCAAUUUUUAUUUUCUUUUGUUUCAAACUCAUUAUCAUAUCAUUAUCAUACAUUACAACGCCAAAAAACAAAGGAAAAUAAAAAUUGAACCAAAUAAAAAUGUUACAGCGGUUUUCAGAAACAUGCGAACUCUGCUCAAGUCAACGGUUUCUAGAAGUACGUUUUUCGCUGCUGUCAAUCAUAAUUAUGGCGACAGUUAAUGGACCUCGAAAAACAGAAGCAAACAGAAUGGAUCGAAAUCCACCAAUCACAAGUAGGAAUUGUGACCUUUUGACCCUGAACAAGUGAACUGCUGUUUCCUGAGAGGUCUGCUAAGAUGAUUGACAGCAGCUAAAAACAAACUUCGUGGUAACUGUUUACUUGUGCAGAGUUCGUGUGUUUCUGAAAAGCGCAAUAAAUUAGUUAUCUGGUAAUGUGUUUUGCUUUUGUGAAAUUUCAAAGUAUAUGGCUGGAGAGCACUCUAGUUUAGACUGUUCACAGUCCCCAUAUUUUUCCGUGGGAUUCUCGAGAAUCCCAAGCAAAAAUAGGGGGACUGUGAACAGUCUAACUCUAGUUAUAAAAACCUUAUUUCCAUUCUCUGUUUUUAUUUUUUAUUCUAGUCAGUAAUGGCUCCUAAUGGGUUGAUUGCCCACCUGUAUGGACCACUAGAGGGAAAGCGACACGAUGCCUUUAUGUUAGGUGUUAGUGGCCUACUACCACAGCUUGAAAGAAUAACUAAACCUGAUGGUGAACCAUAUGUGGUCUAUGGAGACCCAGCAUAUGGAAUAUCACGCCAUAUCAUAGCUCCAUUUCGAGGUGCACAUCUGACUCCACUCCAGCAACAAUUCAACAGCGACAUGAGUAAAGUUCGUGCAAGUGUAGAAUGGGGAUUUAGUAAAAUUUCCCAAUAUUUUGCAUACUUGAAUUUUCACAAAAAUCUGAAAGUCCUUCUACAGCCUGUGGAAAGUAUUAUGCAGUUGGAGCACUUUUGGCGAACUGCCACACAUGCCUCUAUGGUUCUGUGA